AUGCCGUCCCUUAGAAAGACUUUCGGCACCAUCGUGGCAGGCCUGGUUGCCCUCACAUCAGCCUUGCCCGCUGCUCCCAAACUCACAAAGAAUCAACUCAAGCUGUGGGAGUUGGCCAAACGUCAGAAUGAGGCCGCAGCAGCUGCUGGGCUAACAGAUAUUGACAUCCUGCAAUUCGCGCUUACCCUUGAAUGGCUCGAGGCCACCUUUUAUCAACAAGGCUUCGCCCAGAUUCCGGCCACCGAGUUCCAGGCUCUUGGUCUCAACCAGCGGCAGAUCGAGGAUCUUCUCAAGAUCGGCAAGACAGAAGAGGAGCACGUCAUCCUCCUGCAGAGCGCCAUAGCCCAAGCCGGCGUGCAGCCCGUCCAGCCAUGCACGUACAACUUCGGCUUCACCGAUGCCGCCUCCAUGGUCGCGACCGCGGCAGUCCUCGAAAACGUCGGCGUCUCCGCCUACCUCGGCGCAGCGGCCCUCGUCUCGGACGGCUCGAUCCUCACGACCGCCGGCUCGAUCUUGACCGUCGAAGCCCGGCACCAGACCUUCGUCCGGGCCGCUACCGGCGCCGUCGCCGUGCCCCAGGCCUUCGACACCCCUCUCUCCCCACGACAGGUCUUCUCGCUUGCCGCGCCCUUCAUUACCUCCUGCCCGGACGGCAGCAACCUCGUUCUGGAGGCCUUCCCGACGCUGACGAUGGCGCCAGGCCAGAACGCGCAGGCUGUGACGGCCGGCUCGACCGUGCAGCUGCAGAGUGAUGCGGCGGCUGGGGCGACGCACUGCGCUUUCACUGCGGGAGGCAUUCCCGGCGGCACGGCCUUCACUGAGUUCAACCAGGAGACAGGCUGCGUGGUGCCUCAAGGUCUGGCUGGCAUUGUCUAUGUCAACCUGGCUAGCGCUGGCCCGCUCAACGGUGUCUUGACUGAUGAUAUUAUUGUUGCUGGACCGAUGAUCAUGCAGGUCUCGUAA